AUGAUAGAAUACGAGAAUAAUAGAAUCUUUGUUUUUAAAGGCGUGAUGCCUCACGUAAACACGAGCGAUAAAUACAUAGUUUUGUUUUUUAUCGUGGUCCUUUCACUGUUGAGGAUUAUAUUCGCAGGAUGCGACUCAUGCUAUACAAUCAAGUACCCGUCAGUUUUCAGAAGUUUAAUCACAAAAUAUGAACUUUCACCCAAGAAAAGAGUGGCUAAGAUGUCAGAAUCAAUAUGGUACUUCAUAUGGCACACUUCAUCAUGUUUAUAUACACUUAAACUAUUGAUAAAAGAUUACGGAAACUCAAAAAAUCCAGGAUGGAUUAACUACUUUUUGAAGGAUUUGAAAGGGAUUUGGUUCUUUGCAGAGGAUAUAUAUCAGGUUAAAAGUAAAACACCAUCAUGGCCUGAGCUGGAAAUAAACAUGGAAACAAGAAUACUUUUACUAAUGUGUACUGGAUUUUGGAUCUCAUGCCUCAUUUUCAUAAGAUGGGAAACCAGAAGAUCGGACACCAGCAUAAUGACCUUUCACCACAUCACAACGACAACUCUACUCAUCUUGUCAUACAUUUACAACUUCCACAGAAUCUCAAUCAUAAUCAUAUUCCUACACGACAUCCCGGACGUUUUCCUCUAUUUAACCAAAACUUACUCUUAUUUUACGAGGAAAAAUGAAAUCUUACUUUCCCUUUUCUUUGUAACAUAUGGACUCUCACACUUUAUUGCGAGAUUUGUAUUACUUUUGAGAUAUAUUGCAUAUCCCUUGCUGAUUAAUUUCGACAACUUCGAAUACUCUGGUGGUACAAUAAGGUACCUGUGGGACUUUCCCGGUGGCAUCAUAUGCCCUAUAUCGAUCAUAAUUCUGACGAUUAUGAACGCUUACUGGUUGAAGCUGAUUUUGGGUCUGUUCAAGAAAUUCCUUCUUGACAAGGAAGAGCUCCGUUAG